AUGGCAAAGAAUCAGAGCAUUUUGGACAAAAAUUUGAGCAAAGGAAAAGCCGAGGUCAAUCUUUCAACAUUUGCCGUUUUAUUUUCGGAAAUCAUCGCAUAUGUGCAACAGAGGGUAAAAUCUGGAGAAGAACUACAUGAUAAAUUAGUGUCUCUUGGGCGAUUCAUUGGAAUUAGAAUGCUCGAUUUGAUCGUUCUACGAGAAAAAGGGUACAAACGAGAAACUAAGUUGCUUGGAAUGUUGAUGUUUUUGAAGAGUACAAUUUGGAAGAACCUGUUUGGCAAGGAGGCGGAUAGACUGGAACGCUCAAAUGAUAAUCCCAGAAAUUAUCAUUUGAUCGAAAAGGAACCCCUUGUGAACACUUACAUCUCGGUACCCAAGGACAACAGUUUAAAUUGUGCUGCGUUCUCGGCAGGAAUUAUUGAGGCUAUGCUAGAGGCUUCGAACUUUCCAUGCAAAGUGAGUGCCCAUUGGCAUGAGGGAGCGACAACAUAUCUGAUAGAAUUUGACGAAUCUGUGAUUGAUCAGGGAUUGAAUUUCCUGAUGAAAAAUUUUCGCCGACUUCCCCGUUUUUCAAAUAUUCGGCGACAGUCCUCCGCAGCUUCAAAGUUUGUACCAAAACAGAUCACGACGCUUCCCGUUUUUCUCCAUAAUCAUUUAUUUCCGAAUGUUGAGGUUCCGAGCACUGCCUCGAACGAUGCAUUUUCAAAAAAGUUGGAAAUCUUGGAAAAGCCGGUGCUCAGGAAUGCGAAUCUUUUGCAGCACUUUGAAGCAGUUGCUAGAGAAAAAACCGACACCUACUCCGCAUACAUGGAUGAAAUGAUGCAAUGGAACUUAGAAAAACUUUACAAAUUGCUUCCAAAAGAAUUCAAUUUCAGAACAGGGUGGACUCGUUACGAUCAUCAAACUGGUGAAAUUACCGAGGUUUCACAUCCACUCGAAUCGUGCUCAGUUUUUGAUGUGGAAGUUUGUGUGACAGAUGCAGAACCAAAAGGGAAACUUCCGACAAUGGCUAUCGCUCUCACAUCAAAAGCUUGGUACUCUUGGUGUUCAAAAAGGCUCGUCGAGAAUACACCUUAUUAUGAUUUUGCGACAACCAACGAAAUGAUCCCGCUCUCGGUUGAUGGAGAGGAUCGGAAGGCGCGUCUGGUGGUUGGUCACAACGUUGGAUUCGAUCGUGCGAGAACAAGAGAACCAUACCUUCAAUAUAAAACUGGACUCCGUUAUUUUGAUACCUUAUCCGCGGGAGCUUCAAUUUAUGGAAUGGCCGAUCAUCAACAGGGACUUUACAAUAAGGAUGAUCUUACCGAAGAGAAAACGAUUUUCCGCAAAGAUUGGGCUGCAAUGAAAUUGGAGAAGUUGAUGGCAAAAUGGCGCACAAAUGCUACAAAAGUCUCGCUGAAAGAUCUUUGUAAGUUUCUGUUGAGUGAAGAUAAGGACCGAUUAUCGAAAAAGAUAUCCAUGAUGAAGAAAACGGAACGGGACUAUUUUGUGAAAGAACCAAUUAUGUUUUUUCGGGAAACAAAGAACUUUCAGGAAUGCAUGGCCUAUUGUGCAUUGGACGUAAUUGCAACUGCAAAGGCUUUCCAGAAACUUGUCCCGAAGUUUCGUGAGAUGUAUCCGUCACCAGUGACGCUGUAUGGCUUUCUAAACAUGGGUGAUGCCUAUCUUCCGAUCAAUAGAUACUGGCCACAAUAUUACGAUUCAUGCGAAAAAGCUCUGUUGGAACAAAAGCAGCAGAAUUCCAUUCAAAUUGUCAAAAGUGCCAAGACGUUAUGCGAAGAAACGAAUAUUACCGAUCCGUGGCUUUGGACAGAAGAUUGGAAACUCUCACGAAAAGACUCCAAUCCCAGAUGGUAUAAUAAUCUCUUUGCUAACGCCGAACAACGUGCUUUAUCGAUUGAAGAUAUUGGAGAUGACACUUUAAAUGUGAGAUAUGGUAAACUCAUUCCAAAGAUCUUUGGAAUGGUUUAUGGUCCUUAUCCACUUUAUGAUCAUCCCGUUUAUGGCUGGGGAUACUUGAUUCCUGUAGUAAAUGAAUGUCGUGAUUUAGAACCCGACGAUUUUGUAGAAUUGGGCAAAGAGAAAAGCAAAGUACUAAUGCCGGCGGGUGCAUUAUGGAACAUCUACAAUGAACGCUUUGGGUUUGCACCAAAGGAAUUACUCGUUGAUCUUUCUGUUGAGGAAAACCUGAAAAAGAUUGGCCCAUUUUACUAUAAACAACUCGAAAAGGCGUCUGGUCACAAAUCAACUAAAAUCGCAACCCCGUUCGCUCUCACUUACAAAUCGCUUUUAGGGCGCCUUCUAAAACCAACAAGGUUUCAAAAAGAAUUUAACGACUUUGUCAGCGACUUCUUUACGACAAAAUUUUGGAUAAGCUACAGUAAACGCUUUGCCGAUGAGAUCCACGUAUGGCAACCAGAAGCAUCAGACAUUGAAUUGCCGUCGAAGACAGAUUCCAAAUUGGAGAACGCAACAAAACUAAUCGGAGCAUUGGCGCCGGGUAUUAGACCAGCCGGAACGGUGUCUCGUCGAGCUGUUCACGCACUUUGGGUUACAAUGACUAAUGUAAAGGAUGAAAAGGAGAGCAGAAUCGGUACACAUUUAAAGUCGAUGGUUCAAGCGCCGCCAGGAUACUGUAUUGUAGGCGCCGAUGUUGAUUCCCAAGAACAAUGGUUAGCCGCCAUAAUGGGUGAUGCAAGUGAUGCGGCUGGGCUUGAUCAAAACGAGCGUCGACCCGGUCGAACACCUUUCUCGAAUAUGGCUCUAGCUGGACAUCGAUCGGACAACAGCGAUUUGCAUUCAGUUAUUGCAAAUGAUUUGAAGAUUAAACGAGACACGGCAAAGAUCCUCAACUAUGCUCGCUUGUAUGGAGCCGGGAUCACGAAUGCUAAAAACACAUUAAUGCUUCGAAAGUUGAAACAAUCGGUGAUUCCGUUUUUUCUCGAAUUCUGCAAAGUGAAUGGUUUAAUGGAUUCUUUUGUGCGCGCUGGUGGACAAUUUUUUGUGCCCACUUACAGUUUAGAUGAUGAUGACGGAAGCGAAAAACCUUCAUCACGCCUUUUUGAAGAAUGGCUUAUUCAAGAGCUGAGAAAUCGAGGAUUUUCUAUCUCGGAUUCGACUACUUUCAAACCCAUCCCCGAAAUUUAUGAAAACUUCAGUUCGACCGAAAAGUACUUCAUUGGGGGAUAUGAGUCGUCAACCUUCAAUUAUCUCGUUUGGUCAGCUAGACAGGGUCAAAUGUGCACUCCAGUUUUAAAAUGUAUUCUUGGCUCCGGUCUCUCGAUUCCACAAAAUUGUACAGGCACCGAAAAACAACUAUUUCUCGACACUUUCAUGAGAAGUCGAAUGAAUUGGGUUGUACAAUCGUCGGCUGUUGACUUUUUGCAUCUUUUGCUUUUGAGCAUGGAUUGGUUGUGCACCGAGUACGAUAUUGGUUGUCGAUUCAUGAUUUCUAUUCACGAUGAGGUUCGAUACUUGUGCAAAGACGAAGAUGUUGGCCGAUGUGCGCUGGCAUUAAUGUGGAGUAAUGCCUACGUGAGAGCCACGAUUUCACAGGCGAUCGGAAUACAACAAUUACCCAUGAACAUUGCCUUUUUCUCGGAAGUAGACGUGGAUUCUGUAUUGCGCAAAAGUGUGACAGCUCCUUGCAAAAAUCCCGACGGAACCGUCCCUAAACCAGGUGAAUCAUGGAAUAUGGAAAUGGUGUUGGAAAAGACGGAUGGAAAACUUUCAAAGGGAACGAUU